AUGGGAAGAAAUCUUUUUGCGGAACGGAUAGAUAUCAAUAUAAGAUGGCGUCCGUGUAACCAUCUCAACUUUCAGUCGGCUGGAAAAAGGCGCGGUAUUCUCAUUGUCGCCAUAGCCGUCGAAUCAUUUCGUGA